UAGCAUCUCCUCAGCAACUCCAUCAAUACUGUAUACAGCUGAGAAACUGGCAAAGGUCUUCUGUGCUGCAUUUUCAGGCUAGACCAGAGAAAGAGAGCGACUCCCACGACCGGUCAGCUCAGUCUGCUGCUGGAGGGGCGCUUUGUGAGGAGGAAAGCACACAUACAUAUACAAUAAGAAACACACUGACACACUCUCUCUGGAACCUCUGCUGCAUCAAGAGGCAGAAGAGGGACACACGAUCUGGGAAUAUUCCAGAGGAGAGAGCCAAUCCUGGAAAGGGACAGCGAGGAAACUCUUGCUGUCAUGCCCCUCAUGGGAAGCUGAGCUCUGGGAGAGUUUGACAGGACCUCAGUGCACCUGCUCCAUGCACACUGAUUAUAUAGAAGAGCCGGUGUGCGCAAUGGCAUCAUUCGACCUGCAGGGUUUUGUACCGCCUGUUCUGCAUCACUGUUCUCUCCUCACCGCACAGCCUGGUCCGAGGAUCUGACCACACCUGUACUCCCUCUCCCCUGAUCCCUCCCUUCCUUUUCCUUGGUGUCAAUCGUUCCUGUGCCCACCAUGGGAGGAUGCUUCUCCAAACCUAAACCAGUUGAAGUCAAAGUGGAACUCUCUCUUCUGGAAAAAGAAAAAGAGGUGGACGGCCUGUCCCCUAAUGGCAAAGCCAGCCCCUUUGCUGACUGCAGACCAAAUGGGGCCCUGGCACACAGCUCUGAUGAAGACUCCAUGCUGCUACCGCUCAACCACAACUGCCGCGACUUUGUGGAAGCCUCCGUGUGUCACGUCAAAGACCUGGAAAAUGGACACCUCCAUCAGUCUUUACUUAGAGCCACCCUUUGCUUCAACUACAGCAAGUCUUUCCAGAAUGCGAGAGGUUGAUUUGGGAUGUGGCAGAGCUUUGCUGAUCAAGCAACACGGGGAGUUUUCUGCCAUGGCCCACAAGUGUCCGCACUAUGGAGCACCGCUGGUCAAAGGUGUGCUAUCCAAAGGACAUGUGCGUUGUCCUUGGCACGGUGCCUGUUUCAGCACAGUAACAGGAGACAUUGAGGACUUCCCAGGUCUGGACAGUCUGCCAACCUUCCAGGUCAGAGUUGAAAAGGACAAGGUGAUUAUUCGUGCAAACAAGCAGGCUCUUCAGUCACAAAAAAGAUCAAAACCCAUGUCCCGAUGUUCGGCCGUCAUCAACUCCAACACAGGCUUCAGCCAUGUUCUCAUCAUUGGCUCAGGUCCAGCAGGUCUGGUGUGUGCAGAGACACUGAGGCAAGAAGGCUUCACAGAUCGCAUUGUCAUGUGCACCAUGGACAGACAUCCUCCGUAUGACAGGCCUAAACUGAGUAAGUCUUUAGAAAGCACAGCAGAGCAGCUGAGGUUACGCUCCAUGGAGUUCCUACAGGACCAUGACAUUGAGCUGCUUAAAGAAAAAGAGGUUGUAGCAGUAGAUGUAAAGACUCGAUCUGUGACGUUUGAAGAUGGCUUGAGGAUGGAGUACAGGAAACUCUUUAUUGCUUCAGGAAGCAAACCAAAACCCAUGAACUACAAAGGCAGAGACGUCAGGAAUGUUUUCCAUCUCCGGACGCCUGAGGAUGCUAACAGCAUAGCGAGGCUUGCCAACAACAAGAACGCUGUGAUUGUGGGAACAUCUUUUGUUGGUAUGGAGGUGGCUGCAGCGCUAACUGACAAGGCCCACUCAGUGUCUGUCAUCGGGAUCGAGCCUGUCCCCUUCAAGAAAGCUCUUGGGGAAAAAGUUGGGAAAGUCAUAAUGAAGCUUUUUGAGACCCACAGGGUGAAGUUCUACAUGCUGAACGAGGUGUCAGAGAUGAUUGGUCAACAUGGACAGCUGAAAGAAGUUGUCCUGAAGAGUGGGAAAGUCCUGCGGGCAGACGUGUGCGUCAUCGGAGCAGGAAGUGUUCCUGCAACAGGAUUUUUGAAACAGAGCGGCAUCCACUUGGACUCAAGGGGCUUCAUUACUGUGAACAAGAUGAUGCAGACAAACGUUGAGGAGGUGUUUGCUGGAGGAGACGUGGUCACGUUUCCUUUCCCACCUCGCAACAACAAGAAGGUGAACAUCCCUCACUGGCAGAUGGCUCAUGUACAAGGCAGGGUGGCAGCUCUCAGCAUGAUGGGCAGACCCUUUGAGUUUAAAACUGUGCCUUACUUCUGGUCGGCCAUGUUUGGGAAGACCAUUCGCUAUGCAGGUUAUGGUGAUGGAUUUGAUGAUGUCAUCAUACAAGGAGAUCUGGAUGAGCUGCGAUUUGUUGCUUUUUAUACGAGGAGUGAGGAGGUGGUUGCUGUCGCCAGCAUGAACUAUGACCCCAUCGUAUCCCGAGUGGCAGAGGUCUUAGGAUCCGGAAAGACAAUUAAAAAACGAGAUGUGGAGACUGGAGACAUCUCUUGGUUGAUUGACAAAGGCUCUCACUGAAGUCACCUCUGAAGCUCCCUAAAGUACAGACCCAAAGUCCACUGGACACCCUCACAUGGACACUUUGGUGCUGAGACCCUGAGCAGCUAUCCUACUUCUUUCACAGAUAGACAUUGGACAAGAUUCUUCGUCUGUGUGAGGCACACUCGCCUGAAGACGGCAUCACGUGUUUCUGAAAGACACUUUAAUGAGACUGAACCACACAAGGUGUGAACAAACUGAAGGUGUUUUGUUCACAACAAAGCAAUAUUUCAGCCUCCGUGUUGCUGCAAGUAGUUUCUACCUGUAUCCUUUGUUUAUAAGAAGCCAGAGAAGGACAUGGGCAUUUGUUUUGUAUAAAUACUACUGUACAUAGUUUGAUCCAGAAUGCACUGUAACAAAAUAAGAGAAUACACUUCUGAGUGAAAAAACAAAUUGUCUGUGCUCUCAUACAGACUUUAGAUCUGCAUGGUAGAACGUACUGCAGUAAAAAAAACAAGCCCCAAACCAGAGAAAAGUUAAUUUAGAUGUGUUAAAAACAAAUGUUAAAUCAGCAACAGAACAAGUCCUUUUUAGAAGAACCCCGAGUGCAGUUUUAACAAACUCAUUUAUAUGCACAUGCAUUUAAUUUGAUGUACCUCUUAGUAUUUCUUGCCUUUCUAAUAAAGUUUUAAAUUUUAAUACGUCUAAUUAAAGCAAUUAUUAGCUCGUGCUUGCACAAUAUUCAUGUUUUUCUUUUUUUAAAGCAGAAAGCAUUAACUGGUCUGGUUGAAAGUAGCUAAAGGUUUAUUUUUGACAUUUCCAAACUCCAUAGGGACUUUAUUUGUUACUAACUCAGGGAACUGAGGUUUGUGGCCUGGGCUGACUGCUCCCUUACAGUCUUGCUUUAAUAUUCUCCCCCUGUGGUCUCGCAGCUUCCCCUCAUUUUCUUUACGGAUGUUUUGUAAUUUGCUGAGGUGCAAAGCAGAUGUCUGAUUACGUACUGGUCUAAUGAGGAUCCUUGCAUACUUGAUCCCUGACACUUAAAGUCAACACAGUAAUUUAAAAAGCAUUAAAAAGCAUUGUUCUUCCUACAAAGAAGCUGGAAUGACAUUUUUAUAACUUAACUUUGAAAUAAAAGCGAUCCAACAAUUA